GCUUUUCUAAUUCUUCUUAUCUCCACGGAUUUUCUGGUCCAUUGUUAGUUUUCAGAAUCCGAAAACGCGGGUUCCAAACAAACUUUUCAAAUAAUGGGCUGAAUAUAUAUUCAAAGUUUUUCUUUAAAGGGUGUGAAGCAAGAACCAGACCAUUCUUAUUAUCUCACAGUUGGUGAGCUCUUUUUGUGUACUCGCAAUAUGAAGGCUUUUGUUGGGUUCUCUGUUAUGUUCUUGACAAUGGUGACUGCUUUGGUUUGCUUUGUUUCCUAUGGCAAACAAGGCACUGCAUCGACUCCUGGAAUAUCCUCGCCUUGGCAAGGGAAUAAUGAAUUGACAUUGACCAUAAAAACCAGAAAGCUACAGGGCAAUGGCUACGAACCAAGCACAGACAAGGGUGAUGUAGGGAAGAUAAAUCUGGAGGAUUACCGACGCAUAGAUCCAGUUCCAAGCUCAAAAGCUUCAGUAAGACCUGGACCUAUUCAACAUGGAACUCCUCUUAUGCCUUAUAUUCCAAAACAGCCUCCUUCACCUCCUCCAACUCGCUCGAAACCUGUUGGAUUUCCAUAAGCUUAUUAUUCUUAUUAUCUCAGGAGUCAGUCAGGACCAUUCCCACGAAAUGGCUGUUCUAUAAGUUAGAACAAUAAUGUUGUAAUAACUCCAAAAGAACCAUGUCUUUUUAUUAUUUCCGUUCUUCUCUUGUAAAUUUCAAUGGAGCCUUGUGUAUUACAGCUUCGUACUUGUAAUAUAUGCCUCUGGCUGCUACUUUCUUAAAAAAUUAUUGUCACUUGUGAACUUGCAUAA